AUGACUAUAACAGAUCGACUUGAGGCUUCUGCAAAUGACCUAAGGUCUAGUAAUCCAGGAAGUGAUGUGAUUAUAAAUAUGUCGAAGGAUGCACUUGCCAAUGGAAAGCGAAGAUUUUUUAGGAUGUUCAUUUGCUUUCACGCACUUAAAAUGGGUUUUAAGGAUGGGUUAAGACCCUUUAUUGGCUUGGAUGGAACCUUUUUAAAAGGAAAAGCCAAGGGUCAAUUGUUAAGUGUUGUUGGUCAAGAUUGUAAGUCCCAUCGUUACCUAAUUGCCUCAGCAGUUGUUGAUAAAGAAAAAAAAAGAACAUGGAACUGGUUCUUAGGCCAUCUUAAAAGGUCAUUAGAUCUCAAGGAGGCAGGUGAAGGAAUAACCUUCAUUUCAGACAUGCAGAAGGUUGAAGUAAACUGGUGCAAAACAUGGAGGUUAGAGGAACUGCAGAAGGUAUUUUGGUGGUGUUCAUGGACCACAUAUGAGGAAGAUUUCAAAGACAAACUCAAUAUGAUUGGUUCUUUUUAUGAAACACCAACAGAGGAUUUACUGAAAUAUCCUCCCAAUGCGUGGUGUAGAGCUUAUUUUGACAUCGUGUGCAAGAACUAUGAAGUGGUCAAUAAUUUCACAGAAUCGGUGAAUAAAUGGAUUCUAGAAGCUAGAGGCAAACCAAUCAUCAAAAUGCUUGAAGAAAUAAGAACUAAAGUCAUGAACCAAUUGAGGAAAAGGGAGGAUGAAGUGAGAUUAUGGGCUACUGAGUUUAGCCCAAAGAGUGUACAAUUGUUCAAUGAGUACAUGAAACUUGCUCAAAAAUGUAAGGUAAAUUUCAAUGGUGAUUAUAGAUAUGAGAUCACAGAAGGUUGUGAUAGGCAUACUGUAAAUAUGAUUUUGAAGAGAUAUAUAUGUAGGCAAUGGGAUCUAAAUGGAAUUCCAUGCCCACAUGCAUUUUCUGCAAUGUUGUACAACAAGUUGGACCCUUUGAGUAAAAUGAGUUGGUGGUAUAGCAAAGAGGCAUUCCUGCGUACCUAUAGGUACAAAUUGCAACCUGUUAGAAGUGAAAAUUUUUGGAAGGUGGAUACACAUCAAGCAAUGGAACCACCUGACCUAGUGAAGAUGGUUGGCAGACCCAAAACUAAGCGAGUCAAAAAAAAAGAUGAGGCAAUUAAGAGGCAAGGCGAGUGGCCUCUCAAUACAAGGCCAAUGAAAAGGAGCAGGAAAUUAAUUGAUGAACCUGAAGAGAUAAACCUAACAGCACCUCAAUUAAGACCAAGAAUUUCAAGUCAAAUUCCAGAUUUUGAGUUAUCUGAAACUUCAAAGCAAAGAUCAAGCAAGCCAUAUGAUACUACAUUGCAACAUACGAUUCAUCCAUAUUUGACAGUCAACUUCCAAAAUCAUGAUUCAGAUCCUACUAUAAGGCCAAUGAUAGUGUCAGAAAAUACAAUAUUCCGAGCCAGUCUUCGCACUCUAGUCAGCUAUGCAGAAGGAUCAUAUGGUGUUGAACUAGGAAUCAAAUGUGCAACACGACUACAGCGUUUGACUCCAGAAUUCACAAAGCAAGCGUAG